AUGGAUGCGUCCUCUACGUCGCGACCAAAGUCCAGGGCAGAAGUAUCAAUUGUUCGGCAUCCUGACUUCUACUUUUCGGAUGGAUCUGUGGUAAUAAUUGUUGAAAAAACCGCGUUUCGGGUUCAUCAGUCACUGCUGGCGCGACAUUCAGACGUCUUCAAAGGGAUGUGGGAGGUUCCUCAACCACAGAGAGCCGAUACAUACGAUGGGUGUCCUAGCGUUAUACUCCAGGAUUCUGUAAAUGACUUUGUAGACGUGAUGAAGGUGCUCUACGAUACCUUCCAUUUCGACAAAAUUAACCCUGAUACCUCACUAUCGCAUCUCAUCACGUUCAUCGCGGGUAUCCUGCGCAUCAGCACCAAAUACAACAUGUUGCAGCUGAGAAACAAGUGCAUCGACAUCAUCCAAGAAAAGUUUCCAUCAUCCUUGAAAGGGUGUGACGAGGUGCUGACGAGGGGAAUCAAAUACGUGCCAUCCGAGAUUGUACGCAUCAUUCCACUCGCUCGCGAGACGACAGUGCCCAAGGUUCUUCCCUGGGCGUUCUACCUCUGCGCACACAUAUCCGUCGACGAGAUUCUCGCCAAUAACGUGCUGUCGUGGCGAGACAAGGCAUUGUGUCUCGCGGGUAAGGAGCGGUUGUGGGAGCUGCAGAAGAAGGAAACACAUUUUUUCCUUUUGGACUUCAAGCAGGCGCCGACGUGUACAACUGGGUGCCAGACGCGUGUGAUGGUCCCUCGGCAGCUCAAGCUGAGCGAUAUCGAGAGUCUGCGGAUCAAUCCCCACCCGUUGGAGGAGUACACGGACUGGAAAUCGUUGAUGAUAUGUAUCAAAUGCCAGGCGAUGGUCGAGUCUCAACACAAAGAGGGCCGAGAAAAGGUUUGGCAGAAAUUGCCAACGCUGUUCCAUCUCGGAACAUGGGACGAUAUCAACAAGGAUCAGUCUUGCUGA